AUGGAACAGUUUCAGCAAACAAUUGCUUACUCGUACAAAUCUGAAACAAGGGAAAUAGAAAUUGGACCUAGUUCCUCAGUUGAGUUAACUCUACCUCCUGAAAUUCGGUUUGGAGCUGUCGGUGAAAUGGACAAGGGAGUCUUCUUUCAAUCCGUAGAUGGGGUGAGGUUGUCGGCAACUGCAUUUGGUGCAGAAUAUUCUAGCUCUGACACUUACCAGCUACUGCCGUGUGUUUAUCUUCCUAGUAAGAACUAUGAAUAUUACGCCAUAUCAGUAGCAAAAGAAAUAAGAGUGUUAAUAGAGGAGGGAGAAGAGUUUAUCCUACCGCCUACUGGGAAUAGUACUGUAGUUUUAAUUGCAUCUGAGGACAGCACGACUGUUACAAUCACUCCUUCACAAAAUGUAGAAAUGAUUAAAGGAACUACAACGCCAGCUGGAACCUCACUAAAACUGACAAUAGGCCAGAGAGAAGCAGUGUUUCUCUCCAGCCAUGAGGAUCUGACUGGGACUCAUGUAGUAUCAGACAAACCACUGGCAUUAUUUUCCGGCCACGAGUGUGGAAACAUGCCCUUUGACCUCCAGUUCUGCGACCACAUGGUGGAACAGAUUUCGCCAAUAGCCACAUGGGGUAUCAAGUUUUACACUGCUUCGUUCAUGACUCGACAACUAGAUAGAUUCUGA